AUCGACCUUUAGACUAUGAUAAAAUAAAAUUUAGAAAUAAGAAUGCGACAAAGCGGAUAAAUGCGCAUGUGAUGUGAAACUAACGACACUCACGAUAAUAAUUAUCAUAAUUGCGAUCAUUAUCAUCAGUUUCGAAAUGAGAUUGUCGAAUAUCGCCAUAAAUGCGUAUAGACAUUUGGCAAUACGUGGCAACUUACCAAUCUGCUCAGUCAAUUGGAGGAAAAUGGCGACCGAAGUGGAGAAGGCACAGUCCGCUGCGCCAAAAGGUGAUACGAUAUUUGGGAAAAUAAUACGCAGAGAAAUUCCAUGUAAUUUUAUUUAUGAGGACACCCAGUGCGUUGCAUUUGAUGAUGUAAGUCCUCAAGCACCUGUGCACUUUUUGGUGGUUCCACGAAAACCAAUUUCACAACUUUCCAAAGCUCAAGACGAAGAUGAACCUUUACUUGGUCACUUGAUGAAUGUUGCUCAUAAAGUUGCAAAGCAAAAAGGUUUGACAAAUGGAUUUCGCUUAGUUAUCAACGAUGGAAAACACGGCGCACAGUCUGUAUAUCAUCUGCAUCUGCAUAUUCUUGGUGGUAGGCAAUUGCAGUGGCCACCUGGCUAAUAUGUUUAUGCAUUUAAAUAUGUACGUUAAACGUAAUAUGAGAAACAUGAUUUAUUUUAUAACAUCCUUAUCUGCUAUCAAUAAAGUGUUGAAAAUAUUGUAUAAAAAUAAUUAUCAAUUAUAUAUUAUGUAUUAGAAUUAUAACUGAUCACAUCCAUAAUAAGUUUUGCAGUCAUUUUUAAUUAUUAAAGUGAAAAAUAUAUUUUAUAAAAAAAAAAUAGGUUUUCUAUAAUAUGAAUAUGGUUGGAAGAAGUAAUUCUGCUAUUUAUCUUCUUUCAUAUACUUCGUAUACAAAUUCAAUUCCAUUUUCUUUUUGUAUGCCUUGUGGUAUUGUUGGAUCCCUAGGAUUAGAUAUUAAAAAACAAUACUGUAAAUAAAUAUCAAUUUUAAAUAUCAAUUUUAACAUAGAGAAAUAUUAAUACUUACUCAAUUAACACAAAGUCGUUUGGAAUUGGAGGAAAGAAAGUAUCACAUUCAAAUUUUUUCUUUAUACGCGUUAGAUACAAACGUCCAAAAUAUGGAGAUUCCAUGGCGCUCUGAUGUAAAAUUUACAUAAUUGUUAUCUAAUUUACAUAUAAAUAUUACCAAUAUUUAUACGCAUUGUAUAGAAUUAUACAGAUUAAAUAGUUUCUAAUUGCA